AUGCCGAAGAAGCCUUCUCCUAGAUUCCUCGUGCCCUUUGCAAGUUUCUCAAUUGAGGCUGGUGUGGACAAUGCAAUGACAAUUUGGGUGGAGGAUUGGAGGAUGAUAGAUUCAGAUUUCAUCGAUAAUGACAAGGACCCUGCUGAGCUGGAUGAAGCUACUCCUCAACCACUCCCUGAUCGAGAGGUGUACUUGUCUUAUUCUAAUUACAUUCAACAUUUUAGGCUUGUAAAGCCUCAAAAACACGCGCUAACGGCAUUUUCCGUAAUGGCCCAAGGUAGAGGCAGAAAACCAACACAGCAGCCAGCACCUCCUCGUACAGCUGGCCAUAGAGCAGCACCAGUCAACUUUUGUGAUGAUCCCGGUUCUGGAGAAGAAUUCAACUUCACUCCCUUGGACGAACAUUCUGCUAAUGAAGAUGUACAGCAUGUACAACGACCAAUCUCUCCCGCGAGUGUUGAGCCUGUAGCUGGCUCUGCUGCCUCCACCAGACCUGUCACGCCUUCUGAGCAAGCCUCAGAACCCUCAUGGAGCCGAACAGCCCCAGAUAUUGAUUUUUUCUUUGAACACAGAUCCAAGGUGCCUCCAAAGUGUUGUGAAACAAAAUGGAAAGUCCCUGCACUUGCGAGCGAAACUGGAACAGCCCCUGCGCCCCCUGGACAUGGAACACAACGUCCGCCAUUUUCCCAGGAGGCAUUGAUACAGCAUCUUCUCAAUUUCAUCGUUGCUGAUGAUCAGCUCCUCUUGCUUUUACGUGAGGACCUCGAGGACAAAGACAUUCCCCGCCAAACGAAGAUGCGCAAAUCCAUUAUCAAGGCAUGGCAUGCAUAUUUCAAGGUCCUAAAACAGGAAUUAGCAAUGAUACAGGGGGAUUCAUCGCAUCUGCAUCAGGCUCUCCAAGCGAUCCCGAUAAUCAGAGCUACGAAGAAGCAAUUGCUCGCGACCCAAUUGCAUUGUGCCAGAGUACCAUACGAGCAGUACGUGCCUCAGGUUAAGCAGGCACAACUUAUACGUGACAUGAAGGUUCGGUGGGACUCUCUUUACUUCAUGAUCAAUCGGUUUCGUAAACUACGCCUGGCUGUCGAGUAUUUUCUUUCUUUGCCUGUCAAUAGAGAGCUUGCGAAACUUAGACUUACUGAUAUGGAAUGGACUGUACUCCAGGAUUUUGAGAUCAUACUGGGUGUACCCCAUCAAGUGCAGAAAAUCAUGUCGAAAGAGUGCACUCCCAUUUUAUCAGGCGCAAUUCCUGCGUUCGAAAUUAUUGACUGGGCAACAACUUACUACAAGAAAAUGGAUGAUUCACCUGCCUACGUUAUUGUGAUGUUGUCUCAGUUUGUUAUGGUGACAAUGCAAAAAUACCAUGACCGUCUUCAUGGACAAGUUCAACAACCUACACCUGGUACAGUGGCCUCGCAGCAACAGAGGCGAAGCUGGCAUGACUUAGCUGGACAAUACAGGCUCGAAGAUAUGAUGGACCUUUCGGGUGCUUCUUUGCAGCAUGUCCAAGGAGUUGAAGAACAGUUUGAGUCAUAUGAAAAUGGGCCGCUCUCACUGCGUGGCACAGAUAUUGUAGUGUUUUGGGUGAUAGGUGAUAAAACUCAUCCAAUAUUAUACGCAAUGGCAUUAGAUUAUUUACCCAUUCAAGCAUCCUCGGUUCCUUCUGAGCGUGUUUUUUCAUCCAGUGCUGAAACUGAUACAAAGAGGCGAAAUCGAAUCCACCCUGUUCUAAUGGAGGCACUUCAAAUGUUAAAAUUUUCGUUCAAGCAGCAACAGCUAAACUUUACGGAGGGAUGGGCUGUCACAGAAGACGAACUCGAGUACUACGCAGAUGACGACGAAGAUGCAGUGGAUUUGUUAGGGAAGCUAACUUCAGAAAUUAUGGAGGAUGGUAUAGAUAUUGAUGAGGUAAUUCACGUUGUUGGACAGGAUGACGAGGAUUGA